ACGCGUUGAAACUCAGACGUGAAGCCCUAACCUUUCCUCUCGCGCUCCCACACCUCCGUCGGCGGACCGUCGCCAUCCUCUCGCCCUCAGAAACGCUCCUCCUGUGAUGUCCCUGAGCAAAACCCAGCCGGCGACACCUCCGCCGGCGACGCCGAAAUGCAGAAACGCAGUGCUUGCACCACGCAGGAAACGCAGCACUACCUCCUCCGAGCCAGUUCUCCUACUCCUCCGCAGAAAACGCAUCAGGCGAUGAAAUCCAUAUAGUUUCAGAUCUGCCUACUCCUCCGCAGAUCUGCCUCCUCCGAGCCCUCGCCCUGUCUCAAGAUCCUCAACCUCUGCCGCCGUUAGGGCUAAAUUGCGGAUCAAAGUAAUUAUCAUGGAUGGUGAAUGUAUGAGUUGUCGUCGUUUGAAUUUUGAAGGAACUGAAGAUAGUUGGGAACGUGACUUUGAUAUUAUUAAUGAAGGUAAUUAGAUUCAUCUUUGGGAAUGUAUUGAGCUUCAAUAUAUCGGAUUUUCCUUUUUAGACAUUUUUAUUUGUUUGUGUGUUGUUAUAGGCUUGAACAUUGAAACAGAUUUGGAUAUACCACAAAUGGGGCUAGAAUUUGAAACAGAAGAAGAUGUAUAUCAAUUUUAUUUGGCAUAUGCUAAAAAGGUUGGGUUUGGCAUAAGGAGAGGUAAAACCCAUAUGGAUAAAUCGGGUAAAUUACUUGAUAGGGUUUUUUAUUGUUGUGCCCAAGGUAAAAGAGGAAAAGACAAACGAGAUCUUUAUAUCAAAGUAAGUCGUGAUGAAACAAGGUUUGGUUGUGAGGCUAAAAUGAAGAUUAGUAUUCGGAAAAAAACCAAGUUUAUUGUGGUACAAUUUGUUAAAGAGCAUAAUCAUUAUCUCUCAAGUCCAAACAAAACACACCUCUAUAGAAGUCAUAGAAAUUAUCUUCUUUUGCAGCGAUACAGAUUGAUAUGGCAAGUGAUGUGGGAAUCCUCCCAAAAGCAUCUCAUGAUCUUAUGGUGAGACAAGUAGGUGGGAGGGAGAAUCUAGGAUUUAUUCCUGAGGAUUACAAAAACUACUUGCGAUCUAAAAGAACAAUAACAUGAGAGUUGGGGAUACAGGGGGUGUAUUGGAGUAUUUACAGAAAAUGCAGUUUGAUGAUCCGAAUUUUUUUAUGCUAUUCAAGUUGAUGAAGAUGAUUUGAUUACUAACAUUUUUUUGUCUGAUGCUAGGAUGAGAGCUGAUUAUGCUAAUUUUGGAGAUGUUGUUUGCUUUGACACUACCUACAGAAAGAACAAUGAAGAUCGACCAAUUGCGUUGUUUAUAGGUGUUAAUUAUCAUAAACAAUCCAUACUUUUUGGUGCAGCUUUAUUAUAUGAUGAAACCAGUUUAACAUUUGAGUGGUUGUUUGAUACAUUAACUAGAGUUAUGAGUGAGAAAAAACCAACUACUAUUCUUACAAAUCAAGAUGCAGCAAUGACAAAAACAUUAGCUUCCAGAUGGCCUGAAACACAUCAUCGUUUGUGCAUUUGGCACAUUUAUCAAACUGUCGCUAUACAUUUGAGUCGAGUUUUUUCUCAGUUUAGAGACUUUGCUAAAGAUUUUGCCUCAUGUAUAUAUGAUUUUGAUGAAGAGGAUGAUUUUAUUUCAGCAUGGAAUAUAAUGUUAGCAAAGUAUGCACUUGAAGAUAAUGAUUGGUUGAGGCGCAUGUACAAUAUCAAGGAAAAAUGGGCUUUGGUAUAUGGAUGACAAAUGUUUUGCGCGGAUAUGACUACAAUCCAAAGAAGUGAGAGCAUGAAUAGUAUUGUGAAAAAGUAUGUCACUUAUAAACACAAGUUUUUAGACUUCUUCAAUCACUUCCAAAGACUCCUUGAUGAUCGUCGAUAUGAAGAAUUAAAAACUAAUUUAAGAUCAAAUACAACUGUUCCAUAUUUAAUGUUUCCAAUUGAGAUUUUAAAGCAUGCUAGUGAAAUUUAUACUCCUGAGACAUACAAGUGUUUUCAACAAGAGUUGUGCCUAUCUCAUGAUUCUAGUCUAGAGAUUGUUGAGGAUGUUGAUACAUUUACAAAAUAUAAAGUAACUCCUCACAAAAAGAGAAAUCAUCAUAUAGUUACAUUUGAUAAGAAGUGUGAAAAAAUUGAGUGCAGCUGUAGAAAAUUUGAAUUUGCUGGAAUUUUAUGUUCUCAUAUUCUGAAAAUAUUUACAUGGAAAAAUAUCAUGAAGAUCCCUAGUGAGUAUGUAUUGAAAAGGUGGAUAAGAAAAGCAAAAAUUGGAUAUUUUGAAGUUAAUGAUUCAAUGACCAAUAAUGCUAGUUUGGAUCCAAAAUUAAUUCAAAACAUGCGAUACAAAGAGUUGUGUGGGUUGAAUGUUCAAUUGGUUACCAAGGCAGCGGAAAGGGAUGACACUUACAAGUUUGUUAUAGAUGCUAUGUUGAGUUUGUGUAAGAUGGUGGAUGAUAAGUUACAAGUUAAUGAAUCAAAUGUCCAACAAUCAAAUGUGAGCCAAGCAUCAUGGGAAUUUGAUUAUGGUGAAGGGAACUCUACUGGAGUGAAAGGGAUUAAAAUGAAGAAAAAAACGAUGUCAAGUAAGAGGUUGAAAGGUGGGUUAGAGAAGAUUUCAAGGAAAAGAAAAGCAGCGAGGAAAACAAACCAAGCUUCAACAAUUGGUGCAGAUCAAACUAUUUCCAACGUGGCCAGCGUACAAUAUGACCAGAUCAAUCAUCAAGUACAAUUCCCAUUUGUGUAGUUUGUUGGACCACCUCCUGCGGCAUCCUCUCCUUAGACAUCAACGAUCUCGUUCCAAAUGCUUUGGGAGUCUUAAAAGGAAGACAAUACUGAGAUUGAACUCUUACAUAACUUUCUAAAUUGUUGCAUCCCCCUUUUGGCAAUGGAGUUGUGUUUACUUUUUGUUGGAAAAAUAUCGUUAGCUAUAUUUGAUGAUUCCUAAUGUAUCCUGGU